CCCGCACGCCCGGCGCCGCCUUCUGCCCCGUCCCCGGCCCCGGCCUCGGCGAGGUCCGUUCGCGGCUCGGCCGGCCCCUGGCUCUCGGCGAGCGCGGCGCGGUAGCAAGUGGGCGACGAUGCCGUACGAGAUCAAGAAGGUGUUCGCCAGCCUACCCCAGGUGGAGAGGGGCGUCUCCAAAGUCAUCGGCGGUGACCCCAAGGGCAACAGUUUCCUGUACACCAAUGGCAAGUGCGUUAUCCUGAGGAACAUCGACGACCCUGCGGUCGCCGACAUCUACACGGAGCACGCGCACCAGGUGGUGGUGGCCAAGUAUGCGCCCAGCGGCUUCUACGUCGCCUCUGGAGACGUCUCCGGGAAGCUGAGGAUCUGGGAUACCACGCAGAAGGAGCACCUCCUCAAGUACGAGUAUCAGCCCUUUGCCGGGAAGAUCAAGGACAUUGCCUGGACAGAAGACAGUAAGAGGAUCGCCGUGGUCGGGGAAGGCAGGGAGAAGUUUGGAGCCGUCUUCCUGUGGGACAGUGGCUCUUCCGUUGGUGAGAUCACAGGACACAACAAAGUUAUCAACAGCGUGGACAUCAAGCAGACCAGGCCAUACCGGCUGGUGACAGGAAGCGAUGAUAACUGCGCUGCCUUCUUCGAGGGGCCUCCGUUCAAGUUCAAGUUUACCAUUGGUGACCACAGCCGCUUUGUCAACUGCGUGCGGUUCUCCCCCGAUGGGAACAGAUUUGCCACAGCCAGUGCUGACGGCCAGAUAUUCAUCUACGACGGGAAGACGGGAGAGAAAGUAUGUGCGCUGGGAGGAAGCAAGGCCCAUGAUGGAGGGAUUUAUGCUAUUAGUUGGAGUCCUGAUAGCACCCAUUUGCUUUCUGCUUCUGGAGACAAAUCCUCGAAGAUUUGGGACGUCAGUGCGAACUCGGUCGUCAGCACGUUUCCCAUGGGCUCCACUGUUCUGGACCAGCAGCUGGGCUGCCUGUGGCAGAAGGACCACCUCCUGAGCAUCUCCCUGUCGGGCUACAUCAACUACCUGGACAAGAACAACCCCAGCAAGCCCCUGCGGGUCAUCAAGGGUCACAGUAAAUCGAUCCAGUGCCUGACGGUGCACAGAAACGGCAGCAAGUCCUACAUCUACUCCGGGAGCCACGACGGCCAUGUUAAUUACUGGGAUUCGGAGACAGGCGAGAAUGACUCGUUCUCUGGGAAAGGCCACACGAAUCAGGUGUGCAGGAUGACGGUGGACGAGUCGGGGCGGCUGGUCAGCUGCAGCAUGGACGACACCGUGCGGUACACCAGCCUCACGCUGCGGGACUACAGUGGACAAGGAGUCGUGAAGCUGGACGUUCAACCAAAGUGCGUAGCUGUCGGCCCCGGGGGAUAUGCUGUGGUCGUGUGCAUCGGCCAGGUCGUCCUGCUGAAGGACCAGAAGAAGUGCUUCAGCCUCGACAACCCCAGCUACGAGCCUGAAGUGGUGGCGUUGCACCCCGGCGGGGACACGGUGGCUGUUGGGGGCACGGAUGGCAAUGUCCAUAUCUACUCCAUCCUGGGCACCACACUCAGGGACGAGGGCAAGCUUCUGGAGGCCAAGGGCCCCGUGACAGACGUGGCCUACUCCCACGACGGCGCCUUCCUUGCUGUGUCCGACGCCAGCAAGGUGGUCACAGUGUUCAGUGUCACCGAUGACUACGCAGAGAGCAAUGUCUUUUACGGGCACCACGCCAAGGUCAUGUGCCUGGCCUGGUCCCCCGACAAUGAGCACUUCGCCUCGGGUGGCAUGGACAUGAUGGUGUACGUCUGGACCCUGAGCGACCCGGAAACCCGAGUCAAGAUCCAAGACGCACACCGGCUGCACCACGUCAGCAGCCUGGCCUGGCUGGACGAGCACACGCUGGUUACAACCUCCCACGAUGCCUCUGUCAAGGAGUGGACAAUCACCUACUGAGGAUGCCCCGCCCGCCCCAGGGACCGGACCUAUUCAGGGACUAGACGGAACUGCCGCGGAACAUAAAUCUCUAACCGUUUCUGUAACGCGCCCCUCCCCGCCCCAGGAGGGAGGAGGGCCCGGGGUACCCUCGUCUCUCUGCAGGGUGCUCAUGUCUGUACACGUCCUUCUGAAAGCUUUAGACAGUAACAAUUUGCACAUGAAAAAUAAAGCGAGCACUUAAACAACGUGUGGAGCAUAACUAAAACCUACAGCCCAGCCAGACCUUGAGAAUGGGGAACAUUCCAGAGGCCUCAGCCUCCAAAGCACAGAGCCCCGGCCCCUCACCCCCCACCCCGAGGCAGCUGCUCUCCGGAGGCUGGGAAGGCAGGGAGCCACAGGUACCCUUUUGCGGGACAGCAAGUCCUUGCUCCAGAAGGCGAUGUGGCAGCUGGGCCCAAGUUGUGUGCAGAGCAGGUGUUGGUGAGCCCUGCCCAGGUGCUGCUCCGGGAACCGCCCCAGCUCUGGCAGGGACACGGUCAGCCCUGGAUGUUUCAUUGUCAGACUUUGUGCUUGGUUUUAAGAAUGGAGUCGUGGGAUUUUUUUCUUUCUUUUUGAUGUACCUUUAACUGUUGCCUGUUCAUGUUCCCGAGCUGGCCACUAGCAGCACCGUGUCCAGGUGUCCAGAUUCCUGACACCGGAUCGAGGUGUCCUGGUCCCCAUCAUUGUGCUUGGUGUUUUCCUGUCUCUGCCCCCAAAAGCAAAGAUUAAUUUAAGGGCAAAGAUGCAGUCACUGUAAUCUAAUCUGUCGUUGUUUUUACCUGCGUUUUCUUUUUCAGUGCAGAAAUUAAAAGUAUAAAGCACCGUGA